GAUGCUGCUGCUGCUGCUGAUGGUGAUCGCUGAGUAGCGCGUUCAUUUGGAGGCGCACAGUGCUGUGUAGUGUGAACUGACCGUGUGGAAUGCAUUGCGCUCUUCUCUGCGCGCUCACACACUCGUGCGCUUUAAAGCUUUGGCCACGCCGCCUGCCCAAGUAGGGAUUCAUACCGUCUGACCACGACAUUUCAUUGAUCCUUAUUUUUAUCCAGUGCAUCAACUAACUCCCAGAAGCCUCCACGAAUCAGUUGCUGGUUAUCUGGUUAUCAGGUUGGGUUUGAAUGAGCGCGCGCUAGACGGAGCUGCGCACCGACACGGACGUCGCUCUCAGUUCAGUUUCAGCCCGGGACGCGUCGUAAACAGUUUCAGUCCUUCCCUAUCAUUCUGCUCCUGUCUUUGCAUGGUGAUUAGUUCUAUAAUACUGCACGGUUUAAAAACGAGUUAUGAAGGCUUCAGAAGCCACAAAUCCUCCCAGGUGCGCUGCGAAAAUGGAGAGAGACUCAGGCUUGGGAGGGAAGCAGCAUUAUCUCCGAACCAUCACCGGUGCAAUCCCGUUUGUUUUCUCCGUCGUGUCUGUCGCUUUUUGCAUUCUCCUGGGGAUUCAAACCAGUGACAUAAAGAACAGAAUGCUCGAUUUAGAAAGCGGCAAUGGAGAGCACCUUUUACACCCGUUUGCUGAGGUUUCCAUAGACGAGUUUAACUCAAUGGUACAGGAGAGAGUGGACGAGGUCCUGUCACAGCGCUCCUAUGAACAUUUUGCACGCUCCAGGACUGCACGUGAAGUCCCAUCUGACUGCAACUGCCCACCAGGCCCACCGGGAAAGCGAGGAAGAAGAGGACACAACGGAGAACCUGGACCCCCUGGUCCACCAGGUCCGAAAGGUGAGAAGGGAGAUCAAGGAGACCAGGGACCGCGGAUGGUCUUCCCUAAGAUCAAUCAUGGCUUUCUUUCUGCUGAUCAGCAACUCAUUAAACGUCGACUCAUUAAGGGUGAUCAGGGUCAAGCAGGCCCUCCAGGACCUCCUGGACCACCGGGUCCUCCUGGUCCCAGAGGACCCCCAGGAGACACAGGGAAGGAUGGCCCCAGGGGAGCUCCUGGGCUACCAGGUGAUGCAGGAACUCCAGGAGAGCUGGGCCCUAUGGGUCCAGAGGGCCCUCCAGGACUCAAGGGUUCCACUGGGUCACCUGGAGUUCCGGGUAUUGAUGGAUUGAAGGGGGAUUUGGGUAUGACCGGAUUAGAUGGAAUCCCUGGUGCCAAGGGUGACAAAGGAGACCAAGGUGAAAAGGGUGACAUGGGAGAAGAGGGGCCAAAAGGUGAUGUUGGUGAGAAGGGUGAUUCAGGGUCUUCUGCGGCUGGCAUUAAGGGAGAACCAGGUGAACCUGGACGAAGCGGGCUAAAGGGAGAACCAGGACUUCCAGGGCUGCCUGGACUUCCCGGAAUAAAGGGUGAACCUGGAUUUCUCGGCCCACAGGGUGAGCCAGGUUUGCCAGGACUACCUGGAACCAAGGGAGAACGAGGAGAUCCGGGACCUUCUGGAAAGGGUGAACGUGGGGAGACAGGCACAACUGGACCAAAGGGGGCACAAGGGGAGCCAGGAACACCAGGCCUUAAAGGAUCUAAGGGGGACACUGGAGACAAAGGAGAUGUUGGACUUAAAGGCCCCACAGGUCCAGCUGGAGAAAAAGGUGAUCAGGGCACAACUGAAAUAAUUGACUACAAUGGAAACAUCCAAGAAGCGCUUCAGAAGAUAACCACUAUUACAGUGACGGGUCCCCCUGGGCCUCCUGGACCAAUUGGACCACAGGGCAUUAAGGGUGCUCAAGGUCCUCCAGGUCUUCCAGGGCUUGAUGGAGAGAGGGGUCACAAGGGUUCAAAAGGAGACAUGGGAAUGCCAGGAAUGUCUGGUGAUAAGGGAUCUGUAGGUCUGCCCGGCCUACCCGGUAUCAAUGGUCAAAAAGGAGAAAAAGGUGAUAAUGGCUUGCCUGGACCUCAAGGACCAUCUAUUAUAGGCCCUCCUGGGGCACUUGGUCCACAUGGUCCACCGGGUCCAAUGGGCCCUCAUGGAUUCCCUGGACAAAAGGGGGAAGCAGGUUUGGCUGGUUUGAAAGGAGCACGCGGGGAGCCCGGGCCCAAGGGUGACCGUGGACCCCUGGGCCUCCCUGGAGCAUCUGGCUUGGAUGGCAAGCCAGGAAUAAGGGGUACAGAUGGCCCAGUUGGUGCUCCUGGUCCUGCUGGUCCUAAAGGAGAUAGAGGUGAAAAAGGGGUUACAGGUGAACCUGGACCAAGAGGACCAUAUGGAUUGCCUGGCGCUGCUGGGACACCUGGCUUGGAUGGGUUACCAGGCUUAAGGGGAGAGAAAGGCGACGUGGGGGAAAGAGGAGAAAAGGGUUUCCGGGGCUUUAAGGGUGAAAAGGGCGAGCCAGGCCAGCCUGGUCUGGAUGGGCUGGAUGCCCCGUGCCAAUUGGGGCCAGACGGAUUACCAAUGCCUGGCUGCUGGCAAAAGUGAACAAUCUAACUCAACCCGCAUGGAAUUUGUAAAUAAUGCUUCAUUAUUGUAUUUAUAGUUUGUAUUUUGAAUUGUGAAGAAGAACAUAAAUGGAUCUUAAUAUAAAUGUGUGUACACUGUGGGGUAAAAGUGAAAAAAGAUCAUGAGCCUCACCACACCCAGCUGCUUCUACUCACCCUUUUGCUGUCAUGGCGGUGUGUGUCACAUUCCCAUAAAGCAUUGUGGAGUUUAUAUCGUGUGUGUGAUCCAUGAAGAGACUCUUGAAUACAAGGACAGGUUUGCAUGGUCCUUGGGAUAAGAGUGGAUAUGGAAAUGGACUAAUGAGGCACAAGGCAAAAGUGGAAGAGAAAGAGGAGGCGACGGAGAGAUCAGGACUUGCUCACGAUCUAAAUAUCUAUUAUCCCAUCAUGUCAUACUACCAGCUCAAAAGACUAAAGACUGUCCACACAUCAUAAAAUAAGCAUGUAAAUAUCACAUUGUGCUACAAUCAAAAUGCUAUGGUUUCUGCAGAGCACUAACUGGCUGUUCUUACUUUGUCUAAUAAGGAAUAUUUGGCCCUGACGUUUUAUUUACUUUUUUGUUAUCUUCUCAAGGGAGUCACACCAUGGCUGGUGGCGUGAGCGAGUCAUUUAAGUGGAGGUUGAAUAAGAUUGUUAGAUUUCAUUUAUUGUUAAGAGGGCAGUUCCUUCAGCACUUCAGGAUUUCACUCCUUGAUCGUCGUGAAUUACUGGAAUGAACAAUGAACUGUAAUCACAGGAUGAGUGGAAGAAUGAAGAAGCUGCAGCACUGUCAUCAUCUAAUCCUGGGUUAGAUGGCAGAUCAGAAACUCCAACCUAAAUGCACUUUACUGCAGUGAAUGUGUGCAAAAGGAUGGAGAUUUCCAACACCUUUCCCAUCAUCAGGAAUGACAUGUCUGUAUUCCUUUAUACAGUAUAUAGUGACUCACAUCCUUUGUUAUUCAGUUAUUUAGUUAUGGUCAUUCCCUUAACAUUUACUUUUUUGUUUUGACACAGAAUUUCACAGAAUGAUGAAUUCCAUAAUAUACCAUAUGGCAUUUUUUUAUUGAAAAAAAAAAAUACAUAUAUAAAAUUCGGUUCAUAUGUCACAAGCGGUCAGUGACAUAGAAAUACAGGUUUUUCUUUCUUUGUAGUAUUUUUUUAAUAUAACUGAUCUUCAUGCAUGUCAAAGGUUAAAUCUAGGGAAAUAAUGUUCCUUGAGCAUAUAAACUUUUAGGGAGUGUAUGUUUUUUUCUCUGAAACUAGCAGGCCUGUUGGUCAUCACUCCCAACACCAUUUAAGAACAUGUUUUGCAACUUUUACAAUCCAGUCAAAGUUUCAGCAGACAAGGGGCAGCAUGUUGUCUGUCAUCAGUAUUAUGUGCUAUAACAUUCCAGAGCUGUUGCAAAGUUUCUGAGAAAUGCAGCCGUGCAGUCCUGUAGUAUUGAUUUAGCCAUGUGAUGACAGUCGGAUAUACACAGCAGUUGCCUUUGACUGCGUAUGUAUUGGCAUUUCUGAAAGGUCUGUUGGGCAAUUUGUUUUGUUUGUGUAUUUGUAUAUACAGUUUAUAUUCAAGCUAACUGAAACAUUUGCAUUAGCCUUUAUACUUUAAAGUAAUGCGAUGUUUGUUUUAUACUUAAAGCAUAUUGCUGGAAAACAGAGGCAUUCCUUGUAACAUGAGGUAGCUUUGAAGGUCUUUUUACCUUACAGUAUUAUUCAUGUACGGUGGAGUUCUGCACUGAAAUGUGAAGCAAUCUGAAUGGAUGUUAUGCUUCAGUAUGCUUCAAAACUUCUCAUUUGCAUCUUGGAGAGCAUUGGUUACCAUGGUUGCUUUACUCCACAUUGCAGCACAGUUUAUGUUGGGCUGCUAACUUUCAAUCGUAUGUUAAACAGUCACUUUGGUCUUGCUGUUAUUCAUACUUUAAAUAAAAAUCAGGGGGGACUGAUAAGUUAAAAAAAAAAAAAAGUCACAUGCAGUAUUUACAGGCGAUGUGUAAUAUAGCCCCACUCUCUUUCUCAUACUUAUUGUUCAUCGAAUGUAGAAUAAUUAUAUGUAUAAUGGACUCUGUGUGUCGGUUAAAUAUUUGCUCAAUAGACAAAAGUGCAAUUUAUAAUUUUCUUGUACAGUAUGUUUUGAUUUGUGAAUCAUAUUCAGUAAAUGAAUACAAAUGUCAAUUACACUCAUUUAUUGUAAGUUAUAAGAGUUAUUUUAAUCACUUGUACAUUAGUACUGGUGAUUCUAACAUUUUCCAAGAGUAUGAUAAGGACGUGAAGAAGGCUUAGUGUGGGGCCAGGCAUAUUUUCUUUACUUUGAUUCAGAUAUGGCAAAUUCUUUUUUUGAGCUGUCAUUUUACACUACAUUUUUGAGAACAUAAGAGCCAAAUUCAUCUUCUGUUAACUUUAUUUCUUUCAAUAUUUGCAUAAAACACUUUUCUAUACAUUUUAACAUUGGUGCUGUUUAAAUACAUACAAUUUAUUGUAAUUGUUGUUUAUUUACUUGUAAUAAUAUGUCUUGAAAAUUCCACUUUUCAUAAAUGGUUACUUUUGAAUUGACUUUUUUUGUGUCUAGAGUUUUGUCUAGUAUUUUCUAUACUAUUUACUUUUUCCAGAAAGCACUAGGCAAUAAUUUAAUUGAUUUUUGUUUGUUUGUUUGUUUGUUUUACCUUUAAAUAUGAGAAACACGUGAGAUGAGAUACAUGGUAUGAUGAUGUGUUGAUUGGUUUCUGGUAAAUAAUGCAUAUGAUAAGGGGUCUGGGAUUUUUGGUCAUUUAGCAGAAUCAAGUUUUACAGACAUACUUCAGUUCCACUUGCAGAACCACCUUCUGUCUACCAUCAGGUGUUUGAAUGGAUGUGCAAGCUAAUUCUCUCUCUCUCUCUCUCUCUCUCUCUCUCUCUCUCUCUCUCUCUCUCUCUCUCUCUCUCUAUCUCACUCUCUCUCACUCUCUUUCUUUCUCUCUCUCGCUCUCUCUCUCUCUCUCUCUUCCUCUAUCCCACUCUCUCUCACUCUCUCUCUUUCUUUCUUUCUCGCUCUCUCUCGCUCUCUCUUACUCACUUGUACUCUCUCUUUCUCUCUUUUCUCGCUCUCUCUUGCUCUCUCUCCCUCUCUCUCUCGCUCUCGCUCUCUUUCUACUUUUUGUUGACUUUUACUAAUUAUUGAUUUCCUGAUUUAAAAGAAAAAAUGUUCAUUUUCUAAUUUCUUUAAUUGCCUCAUGUUGUUAAUGAGUGUCCAUAAAAGGCUCAAUUCAUUUCAAGUACGUUUUAUGUGACAGUGCUGUUGAGCCAAAUAAACUUCUACAAAUCUGCA